AUGAAAAACAGCAUAAGAUGUUGCAUAUCUUGCAUUCUACCAUGUGGAUCUCUAGACGUAAUUCGGGUUAUUCACUCAAACGGGCAAGUCGAAGAAUUCAGCGAAAUAAUUCGAGCAGGUGAUCUUAUGAAGUUGAACCCGAAACAUUUGGUGAGAAGAUCUGCAUUGCCAUCUGAAGAAGGUAGUAGUGUUCAGAAGAUUAUAAUCAUGUCGCGGGAUGCUGAGCUAAAGCGUGGUAAGAUUUAUUUUCUAGUACCCAUGUCGUUAUUGCCGCGUAAAGCUCGAGCCAGACCCGCGCCAGACAAUAAUAAGAAGAAGAUCAAUAUCGUUAAGAGAGAAGAACAAGGUAGUAGUAGUAGCGGAAAACACCCGAAUUUAGCUUGCUCCAUGAAUUCAAAGCUUCUUAUAUCUUCUGAUCGGUACUUGACAGAGAUUUUGUCAGAGAAGAACAUUUCUUCAACUCAAAGACAUCGAAGAAGUAGACAUGAUCGAAGCCGCAUAUGGAGGCCUAACUUGGCAAGCAUUUCGGAAACCGCAGAUGAUCUUUAG